AUGGCGGGCAAGAAGGCAACAGGCGACAACUCGAAGAAGGUCGCGGGGAAUACGAAGAAGGCAGAGGCGGUGGCGAGCAAGAAGGCAGUAUCGGAUGCUAAGGUAGCUCAAGCAGAGGACGCAGAGUGGCAGAAAGGGUCGAAGGACAACAGCAAAGCCGCCGCCGCGCAAGCCAAAGCAGAAGAAGCCGCUCGUAAGAAAGCAGAGAAGGAGGCCCUGCUCAAGGAAGAGGAGGCCUCUCUACCUAGUAAGCCCGCUAAAGGCAAAGCACCACCACCCAAGAAGUCUCGCGGCCUCGAUCUCUCUGGCCUUGACGAUCCUGCCACGUCCAAAGCACCCCUCUCCGCUCUCAACGCAACGGGCAUCGACAAUGCAUUAGAUGCACUCUCGCUUACCUCCGCCAACAACGACAAAAUCGAUCGUCACCCGGAACGUCGUUUCCCAGCUGCGUACAAGGCGUACGAGGAGCGGCGGCUUGAGGAGAUGAAGGACGAAAAGGGUUUGCGUCGACAGCAGAAGAUCGAACAGAUCAGGAAGGAGUUUGAGAAGCAUCCAGACAACCCAUUUAAUCAGGUGGCGGCAACGUACAAUAUGAGUAAGGAAGAGGUCAAGGCUUUGAAGGAGGGAGAGAAGGAAAGGAAGGAGGGGCUAUUGACGGGAAGCUGA